AUGCGAGCAAGCUUCAUGAUAAUUUAUUGUUCCUUCAUGACCGUCGACGAUCAAACAGUGUCGGAGGCGACUUAUCAUGAACUUUAUCAGUUGUUAUCAUGCAAUGGCAUGCAACCACUCGUUUCUGGCUCCGUCUUCAGUCCGAACGCACCGGCCGAACUCUUCAUCGGUAGUCUCUCCAAGAGAAACCCAACUUUGUUUCUUCCCCGAAAGAUGAACUUGAUCCCAUUUUAUACGCCUGAAGUUUGGGAUGCUCUCAAUGUGCAGCAUACGAAACGUUUCUUAUCAACAUUGUGUGAUGAACUGCCGUUCAUGCUUCCAUGA